GUUCUAACAAGUGUUCUCCUCCUAUUGCCUCUUAUCAGGGUUGUUUACUCCGGGAAAAAAGUGUAGCGAAGAAGUCAUGGGAUACGAAAUCUACACCAGUGCCCUCGCGGACGUUCUCUGUGAGCCUUCGCUCACAAUGCCGCUGACUGUAGGAAUGUAUGCCCGUUGGGGAAGCGGCAAGUCAUUUGUCUUGCGCAGACUGCAAGGUAAGUUUUGAAAAACGUUUUAUUGUCCACGAUGUAUGACAUCAGUAAAAAUAAGUUGUCAUCGGAUUCCCACUCCAAUCCUCUAAAAUGUCGGCGGUUGGAAUAAGGUGUGGAUGGGACACCUAAAGGGCUUGCCAGUGUUUAACAAAACCCCGUUUCAGUUAAGCCACUUUCAGUUUGCCGAACGCUAUUAUGUUAGUACCAUUUUAUUGUGAACAGUUUCAUAAGAGCAUAUGGCGUAGACUAGAAAAACAUUUGUCUUCUUAGAAUGACCCACUAAUGAAGAGAUCUGCAGAUCCAAAGAUUUCCUAAACCGCGGUCUAAGUUAGACUUCGUUCAGAAAUUUCGCCAACCAGUUCCUUCUGCAACAUGGAAUUUUGGUCAACCGAUGCGCACGAAAUGCGCCUUUUGGAGUGUUUGCGUUCGAUUGGAAAAAUCAGGAUUUGCCUAAAGAACGCACGCUAAGUAACUUUUUUUGUAAAUCAGUCGUAAUAGCAUAAUGAUGCAUCAUUUCCUCUCAGCUAUACCCAGAGCAUACCUCUUCGCCCCCUCCCCCUGACCUUUUAUAGUCCGGAGCAGCUGACUGUCUGUUUUUCUCUUGUCUUGUUACAGAGGAGAUGCGCGAGUUUGCCCAUCAAGAUUUGAGGCCGAUUUUUCAUUUUUCUCGUUUCAUAUUUGUUCUUCUUCUGGUGUUAUGUACAGUUAUUGGUGUUGUUCUCUCAGCAUCUGUUAGCCUUGCUGCUGGAAUUGGUGUCGGCGUCGGAAUCUUUCUGGCAUGUUACCUUCUAUUCUUGUGCGCAUAUAUAGCAGACAGACGCUAUAACCGCGGUGAACCGUCCUGCGGUAUCGGCGGUUACGUCACAAACGCGGUGUCGACAGUAAAAUUGUUGUGUCAGCUUGUGUUCUGUGUUCCUCCAUGUCCAGGCAUAACCAAACCCAACAUGCCAGUACGCUUUCUUUUCACAGACUUCAGCAAAUUAACAUGCAGCGGAAGCGAGGCAGCUUCCUUGGUGGGAAUGAUUGAAAAUUUAUGCGAUGUCGUCGAGAAUGAAUUUGGAUUUUUUGUGAGCAGGUUAUAUCGAGUGUUUCGCUCUCAACCUUCGGAAUACGAUGAGACGUCGAUGACUGAGGCGCGUUGGAAACGCUGCUGCUGUUGUCUGCCCACUUUUACCGUCUUUCUCGCUAUUGUGGCGCUUGGAAUAAUAGGAGUUGUGUUUUUCAAAGUUUACGGAACGAGUGGUGGAUCUGUCAUCACAGGGAUCGAGAUUGCGUCUGCGUCGAUUGUUGGUGUGGCUGUGCUGAUUCACCUGCCCACGCUAUUUUCUAUCUUGUACUCGCUGGUCUUCUCGCAGAAAAAGAGGAUUUCGGUUGUAGCAACUCAGCUAGGACUAAAGGAAGAGGGAUUCAUACAUGCUCUUAAACAAGAAGUGGAAUUGUUGACGGACUUAGUGAACUGCGUAGAUGGAUUCACAAGACAUCAAACCCGAGUUGUGAUUUUGAUCGAUGGAUUGGAUAAUUCGGAGCAGUCAAAAGUCCUGCAGCUUCUUGAUUCUGUCAAUUUGCUUUUUACUGAUCCUGAGGCACCGUUUAUCAUAUUAAUGGCUCUAGACCCGAGGGUCAUCAUACGCGCCAUCGAUCAAAGCUUCAGCAGUAUCUUGCGUGAGUCGCACAUUAGUGCUUCGGAUUACCUCAAAAGCAUCGUUCAACUUCCUUUCUACCUCCCUGAACCAAAAACAAAUUAUACCGGUGUACUACCCCCUGGGGUAGUCACCCUUCUGGAGGAACUAAGAGGUGAGAUACACUCGCAAUCUGGGGCGGCGGCGGCGCCCGAGAGAAUGUCGACGAGCGUCAUCGGAGACGAGCUAGAGUGGGAUGGGGAGAUGCUGGAUUACAGUACCGAAAGCAGCGUACCCCAGAGGAUAUCACGUGACCUGCACAACUGCAAUGGCGGGUUGUCGAGUCGGAUGCACCCGGAUUUAGAGUUGCAUCACUCCAUGUUGUACGAGCCUUCGCGAGAGGAGGAAGAGCGUUGUUUGGACCAUCAAAAGCUCCUGGACCGAGAGCUGGAGCUCGAGGAAAGGCACAGGAUUUCAACGGACCUUGCUCAAGUCCUGGCUGAUAACGAAACUGUAAAUCCUCUUGGUGUAAAACGCCUUAUGAAUAUUAUUUCCUUGACAUGCCGCUUGCUGCGCGCCCGCGGUAUUGAAUACUCAUGGAAGCGGCUUGCUGCCUGGGUGAGUGUUGUAGAUGGAUGGCCCUACAAAACCUCAUGGCUCGUACUUCUUAUUGAAGACACUAACACACGCCUGAAAGAUAAUGUUUCUUUGAAAGAUCUUUAUGAAGCUACGUUGUCCGCCAUGCCUGUGAUCAAUGAAGUUGAUUGCGCAGUGGACGGAGAUCCAGUGUAUUUCGAAACUUUUCUUGCCAGUCAUUUUCCGCUGCUGAGUACGGCUGACGUACGGCGCUUUCUGCCGUGCACCGUGCAUUUGGAUCCGUCUUUACGAAGACAGAUGGUGGAGUGUCUGCAGUCCGGAGGUUCCGUGACUGGUAAUAAAUCAGACACCGGAAGCUUGGGAAAGGGCAACCCAACAUUGCAGGUAAUUAAGAAAUUGCAUUUUACGCGACAGAAAAUAGUGAGAUUUAGAUUCCUAGUCUACGGGGACGAGAUUUUCUUAAUACUAAGUAGUGCGCGCGCGUGAACCAUGCCAGCGUCAUUUUGGCGGGAAAACGUGAUAGUGUCGUGAAAGUUCAUAAUAGGAACUUUAAGAUCCAACGACGCGGACGACAACGAGAACGUCAAAAAAAAAAAAUAGGUUUAAUUAGCAAAACAAUAACUUCGCACGUACAUCACACUUUUUUGUACAUUUCUUUCCCGUUUUUGUACGACUACGACGUGAAAGUGCCUAAUUUCGCGUUUUAUGGAGAACGUAAACAAGCAACGACGAAAUUUUAUUUCUCUUUCUGAGCUUGAAUAUGGUCCCUUGAAAUUCAGCUUUAGGAGGGUUCACCUACAAUUGACAAAGUAAGUGGGUAGGAAUAAUCGCUAUUAAGACUGAAAAAUUCAAAUUCACUUUUUAAGCGACGUUUUUGUCGCCGUCGCGUCGUUGGAUCUUUAAGUCCCUAUUUUAGCGAGAAUGUCGCGGUGGCGGAAACAAGUUAUCAAAUGUUACAAGUUUUAUUAUUUUGCGGUCAGGAGAGGGUUUAACCUCCUUCAAUACAAAUAACUGUGCUCACUUUUCUAGCUGGUGAAAAAAAAGUAUGCUGAAGCUUUCCGAGGUGUUUUGUAAGAAUAUCCGAAAAAACGUGAAAGUUAAAUCUUAGUUAAAUCGAGUCCUCGUAGCCACCCUUGUUUUUGUACUGUUAACGUGUCACUACUUAGAUCUGGGUAGUGCUUCUGGAUGGUUGAAGCAUAUUAAUAUUUAACCGCCGCCUGGUUAGCUCAGUUGAGAGAGCGCUGGUCUGCUGAGCGGCAGGUUGUGGGUUCAAACCCCGGCCGGACCAACAAUCAGGGUCAAUCUAGUCUUUCUCCGAUAAGGACAAAAAAUCGUAGGUUCCUUCUCACAGCACUUUCACUCAUCUGGUUCUUGUCGGACGUAAAAAGAGUAGGGGACGUCGACCCCGGUGUUGUGGCCAACCAACUUUCCUCGGCUGGGUGGGUUAUCUUUAAGAAAAUCUUAAUAAAAAUAACCUCAUGAUCCUCUUUCAGGUGUUGUAAUGGCUUCCUGUAAACAGUGUAUGUAUUUAUUUAUUUGUCAUCCCCGUCACGACCAAUCAGAAGCGCUCCCCCAGUUCUGGGUAGUGACAUGGUGGAAUUUCUGCGCUCGUUCCUCCGAAGUCCUUUGCUGGGCAACCAGUUGCCAUGGCGUCGCGAAAUGUCGGCUGUUGUCUUAGGCUAAUAAGAAUCCACGAGAAGAAAUUCUUCAGUUUAUCUAAUACUUCUUUCUCAUCUUUAGGUCGGCACCACGUCUAACAAGCAAGCGGACAUAGCUACUUUAACGAUCGAGGAUGUUUGUAAGCAGGUCAGUGGUAAAAUUAAAAGGAAAAUUUGCCUAAGGUUUUCACUUAUUGUAUAUUGUUGAUUUACCUUGGGCAGCGUUGUGGGCAGUUAUUUAAGAGAAAAGCACAUGAAUACCAAUCGAACUGGUGAGCUCGGGAACUGGUGUCUUUUAAAGUUGACAGUGGCGUAAGCAAUUCAGGUGUCCAUGGCAACGUGUGAAACGUCGCUUGAUGCAAUAACUUUAUAUCGCCAACGUUCCGCAGAAAGUACGCACCUGACCACCCACUGACUUGUUCGAAUGGCUGGUAUUAUUGACAAACGUGAAAGUAAAAGCGUUCUAAAGGUCAUAAAUUUGCAAUGAUCGCUAAAACUAACGAGAAGGGGCGUUUUUCUGGUAGUAAAAUAGAAAGAGAGAAAUGGGCCAAUUUUUUAUACCCCGUUCUAGAAUUCGCCCUAAAACUGAUACCCCAUUCUAGAAAUGGGCCAAUUUUUUAUACUCCGUUCUAGAAAGUUUGUAAAUUGAAAUAGCCCUGUUUUUAAAAAGAUAUUUCUUUAUUUGUUCGACUUAUACAUCAAGUAAAUGCUUCUUCAUAAUCAGCAACAAUUUUAAGCAGAAGAUAAAGCCGUGAUCCACAAUUUUUUUUAUUUCCCAUCUUAUUAAAUUGUGUUUAAAACUUCGUGCGUUCGAAACAAUAUACCCCGUUCUAGAAAACGCCUCUGAAAUGGAUACCCCUUUCUAAAUCAGGAGCUUCAAAAUCACGACCCCGUUGGGCGGCACAUACCCGUAUAGGUAAUGUAUGGGAGUACCCUCCCCCGGGGUGUUCCCUCACCAUUUUUAUCAUCAGCCUUUUUACGUUCUAUUUUGCUCUUCGCGCGGCUCCUUCUAUAUAAAAUCCUGCGAGAGCAUGAAGUGGUCACCUAAAACGUUAAGAUGUAGUCACAGUAUAUGGACUUGUAGUGAGGGGCUCUUGACUACACUAACAGGAAGAUCCCACUUUCCAACCCUGUUUUCCGGGCUUUUUCUUAGGAAAUGGGUGGGGAUAAGAAAAUCUGUGGGAACUAGGUUGCCCUCUUUCCGUACUGGCGGUUAUACAUAAACUCUGCUUACUGGCAAAUUACUACUUACACGGCCACCGUUUCAAAUUUACCAAAAUAUAACGUAUCUUUCAGGUAGCUGAGUUAGAGGGCCUCGGCCAGAAACAGAUUUCCACUUACCAGGCCACCAUAACAGAGAACAAUAUCAACGGUAAAGUGUUGGCUGCUUGUGACCUGAAUGAACUGGGACAAAUCAUGAACAUGACCUUUGGUGAUUGGCAGCUUUUCCGCGCAUGGGUACUGGAGGCCAAAAAUCCCAGCCAAGAUUGCGUGUGGUACGUCCUUCUUUACCUGUUUUCUCUUGUGCGAGAUUGAAUUCUCUCUUCUUUUGGAUGCUAAGCACCCUAGGUAGCAGUUGCUUUUCUGGCGUUCAUGCAGCGGUAGGCCAGACAAGCGGCAAGACUUAAUCUAGCAGAAACCGGAAACCGCGUAAAAAAAAAUGUCUCCGGCAGCCCGAGAGUAGAUCCUAGAAUAUGCAUAUUUUCUUUUCAGAAUGUGAUUCAGACUCCAUUGAUCCAUCAUAGGGCACAUAUAACACAAGUUUAUUAAGGACGGCAUUCUCAUGCAGCUUACGUUUCAGUGAUGACUGAUACGGUUUCGCAAAUUAAGUUUUAACUCGGGGGUUUGCUACGGUUUAAAAAAAUAUGCGAUCUCUGAAGUAAGAAAAAUUCAGCCAACAGUUAAGUUUUUCGCUGCCGUCGAUUACAUUUCCGGCGGUUUUUGAGAAUUCUGGUAGUUAACGAAGGUAGCUGUCAAAUAGUUCAGGCACAUGGUUUAUCAUGACGGAUUUGCAACAAUCUCCGCAGGAUGCGUUUAUUGGAAGAAAACUCCAUAAAGCUAGUCCUCUGUGUGUGCUUUUUGAAAUAGUGUAACUCUCUGUCACUAUUCUUUAGUUUCGAUCAUCAAUCUUCGUCAUUAGAAAUCACUGUUGGCUUCUAGUCUUCCUGUUUGCACCUCUCUCUUUGUCAUUGUUAUUUAUCAUUGUUAUUUAACUGUAAUUUUUUUCUCCUUUUGGUUUCUCACCAUUUUAUGGUAGAGUAUUCGUCUGAACCCGUCCUCGAUUAUUUGAGAAUAUUCUUCUCUCUCCUUCGUGUUCGGCCAACCAUUCCCAAUAUACUCAUCCUGGCUUGUCCUUGGUCAUUUCUUCCAGUCACUCCAGUAACAGAUGUGUCAGUCCAGGAGAGAUGAACUGCCAGCUUCUCAAGACAUCUUCAGGUUAGAAAUCUUACAUUUCGUCCUUUCACUUGAAAAUUACUCGAUGAACGUUCGUUGCUAGAAAUGGGAAGCUUAAGCAAAGUUGGGGGACGCGCUUCAACCGGAAGUGAGGCCUUAGAUCCCUUUUAACCUUUUCACUGCCAAAUGUGGCCAAAGGCAAAUUUCGACCAAAUUUGCAAAUUUCAUUUUCUAAAAUUUUGAGAAACAAAUAGCAUCGUGUGAAAGUACAGGCAGAGAGCUUUCAUUUGAAUGGUCACCUCAUAGGAUUUCGUCCAUAGACUCAAAAGUUAGAGUCACCUUACAAAACUCCAUCAAACACUCUGGCAGUGAAAGGGUUAAUAUGCCUUGACGCUACCAUGGAUAAUAGAAUAUCCAUGAGAACAUUUGCCUAUAAAGUCAGGCAAAGACAAUGCCUAAGAAUGUGCUCAACGACGUCCAUUUCGAAUCGCACUAUAUGGGACUGUUUUGAGGUGCGAAUUGUGACCCAGAUUCCUGAAGAAGAAAGAAGAAAGUGAAAGCGUUUGUAAAACAGUGCCAUAAAGCAAUUCGACCCGACACCGACCCAGUCUCUCGCUCAGCCUUAAAAUGACUGUGCUAGAUGGCCCCGGGACCCACCUUUCCUUAUAGCGAGGCAGUUGGUUAACAAUAUAACCAGGGUAUAACCCCCAUAAAAGAAUCGUUUUUUAGACCCCAUUUCACUUGGCCUCCCUUUGCAGGUCCAUGGGAUCACAUCAGCCCGCUGCCCGCUCCUGGUCAGAGCACUGCAGACUCACCGGAACAAGUUCACCAAGAGACUCUUUCAUCGAAAGCCCCGGAUAUAGUUCUCCAGCCUCCCUCGGCAUCGGAGUCUGACGAUGAGGAGGAGAAUAAUGGAGAGACUGUCGGCACAACAGAGACUGAAUUGGAUAAAGAGGAAAGCACUGCGAAACACAACGAGGUGUUUCGCCAUGAAGACGAAGAGGAUGGAGCAAGCGACUUGACGGAUAAUUUCGGUUUGAAGCACAGUGAAAUUGACCAAGAAAAUGUUCUUAUUUCUAUUGAAGACGAUGUUAAUUUGCCGCCUCAGCCCGAGGCCCCCGCGGUAUUUGACGAUGAUAGCGACGAAGAUCUCCCUACACCUCCCCCGUGCGGCACAGAUUUGAUAACUUUCAGCGAGUCAGAGGAUCAAAGAGAACGCUCUGACCUUGAAAACGAAUCUUUAAGUGUCGAGCGAACAAGUACAGCUUUAGGGUGGGGAAAGAAACGCAAUUUUACGCCUAGAGUCGAAUGCACGUGCGAGAACCUUCAUCCUUUACAAACAAUUGAUCCCGUGCGAGAGAGCAAAACAUCCAGCAAUUCGCUGUUUUUUGUCACCGAAGACACCGCGGAGGCUGGUCGCCCUGCACCUAUAGUGUUGACAAGAGCAAGAAAUGGGCCAAUCAAGGCUGCCGUGACCGUCAAACGGAGUAACAGCACUUCCGGAAGUAAAAGUACCAGUAGUAGCAGUUCCGGUUCAUUUCGACCAUCUCUUCCCCAGUCCGUCUCAGUGGAUUUCAGUCACGAGAGAUCAACGCCGAGUCUCUCGAUUCGGCAAAAUUCGUUACCAGAGCCCCGAAGUGUAGCGCGGCCUUAUUCUUCUUCAGAUAUUGUCACUAUCGAGCACCCCCCAAAAUUCGUGAAAGCGUUUCAAGAUCAUCCGCUGGCGAAUACAGUCGAUGAACACGAACCUUUUACCCAGGCAACAGAUCCUUUGAUCCCUGAAACUCCUAAAGAGGAGAAAGACUUGAACCGUGUUAGUCGUGAUUCAAAUGACUUUCCACCGCCACCCCCGUCCAUCGAGGAUAGCUCAACUCUUGACCAAGGGGACUGCCCUUGGGUGCCGCUUAUGUCUCGAUUUCAGGUAGACGAGGGGGUUUCGUCGAUUGAGGAAAGCGAUGAGCCGUUAUUACCGCAGCGUCGACCCAAAACUAAAUCAUCAACAAGCGAGCAUGAGCAGAGAAUGUUCAAAUUCCGAUCUUACGCGCCAAAAGCAAAGCCAACUUACGUCGAGGUUAAAAACAGCGAAGAACAUGACCAAAAAAGUGAGACUUGUGUGUGACAAGAUUGUCAGUUUUCUUUGGUGGAUGUUUGCAGCUUUUAUACUCCUGACACCCAGCUAAAAGCAGUGGUGUUCUCUCAAAGAUCACUGGGCUGGGCUGUGCAUGCGCAGAUGAGAAAAACGUCCCGGUACCAUGCUUCCUCGGAAACCAAUUCCCAAAUAGUGGGACGGACGCAGUGGUUCGCGUUGAUGUUAAAGACUUUGCAAGGGGGG